AUGGGAAUUGAUUCUUUAUUAAAAGCUCUUAAAUCUGUCACAAAACCCAGACAUAUUUCAGAAUAUUCAAAUAAAAAAAUUGCUGUUGAUACUUAUUGUUGGUACUUUGAAUACUUAUAAUUUAGGUUACAUAAAGGAAUAUUCUUGUGUGCUUAAGAAUUAUCAGAUGGAAGAGAGACUAAUGAACAUAUAAAUUAUUGCUUAAAAAAAGUAGAGUAACUCAAAAAAUAUAAUAUUACUGUUGUUAUGGUAUUUGAUGGAGCAAAAUUACCAAGUAAAAAAUCAACAGAAGAAGAGCGGGAAAAGUAAUAUAAAUAUAAAUAAUUUAGAAAGAGGAAUGACAACCUAUAAAAGCAUUUAGAAUACAAAUAAUAAGGAGAAAAAGAUAAAGCCUAUGUAAAACUAGUUGAAUCUAUAGAUGUUACACCUUAGAUGGCAUCUAAAUUAUUGGAAGCAUUAAGAAUAAGGAAUAUUGAAUGCAUAGUAGCUCCAUAUGAAGCAGAUGCUUAAUUGGCUUAUUUGUCUUUAACAGAAUAUGUUGAUAUAAUAAUAACUGAAGAUUCUGAUUUAAUUGCUUAUGGCGCUAGAAAAGUACUUUAUAAAUUGGAUAAAUUUGGUUAUGGUGAAGAAAUUGAUUAUGAUUCUAUUCAAACAUGCACGGAAUACAAUUUUUAGAAUUGGCAUCAUUAAAAAUUUCUUACAUUUUGUAUUUUAUCAGGAUGUGAUUAUUUGGGUUCAAUAAGUGGUAUAGGAAUAAAAAGAGCAUAUUAAGUAGUAGCAACUUCAUAAAAUUAUAAAUAAGCUAUUGAUAAUCUUUAGAGAAAAUAAAAGGUCUCUGUUCCUUUUGAUUAUGUUGAAUAAUUUGAGAAAGCAUAUCUAACUUUUUUAUUUUAGAGAGUUUUUUGUCCUGUACAAAGAAAAAUGGUUACAGUGAAUACUUUUGAUACUGAUAUAUUAUAUCCUUAAAUGAAAUAUCUUUUGGAAGGAAAUCUUGAUUUUUUAGGUAGUGUUUAUACGGAUACUUUGAUUUAAGAUAUUGCUGAUGGUAGAAUCUGUCCAUAAGAUUUAAAACCAUAUUCUCAAUCAUCUAAGAAUUUAAAAUAAUUAAGUUUAGAUAAUAAAUAAUAAAAUGAAAAUGAUCAAAUAGAAAUACCAACAUUUGGUAAUGGUAAACCUAUUCAAGUUUUCAAGUUUAUUAAAAAAUCACAAUCAACUAAAAUAAAUCCAGAGGAAUCUUUUGAAAGAUCAGGAGAAUCAAAAAUUAUCAAUAAUUCUUAAGUUAUUAAUUCAAAAUCUACUGAAAAUAAUGAAAAAUUUUAAAUUGAAAAUUAAUAAAAUUAUGAAUAAAGUAAUUUAUUUUCAAGUUAAUAAGAGACUCUUAAAUAAAAAUCAUUAAUUAAUUCUAAUAUUUUGGCUAAUUAAAAUAAAAAGAAGAGUACUAAAAUUAUAAUUAAACAUGAAUAAAAAAAAAUUAAUUAAUAUUUCCAACCUUCAUUCAAACCUUUCAAACCACCAUCAUCUCUUAUUUAGAAAUAAGACUAAAUUGUAUCAGAUAUCAAUAUUAUUGAAGAAGAAAUUCAAAAAAUAGAUUAAUAAGGUAUUUCAUAGGUAGAAGAAGAAUUUCAAUAAUAUAGCAUCUCUGAAGAGUACUCUGAUAAUUUCUAGAAAAGAUUUUAUUAUACUGAUUUUGGUAUAUUCUUAAAUCAGGAACUUCAAUUUAAAUAAAUUUAGUUUUGA